CGGAGGUGGGCGAUGUGCUGCUGACAGCGCGGCUGACGCCCACGAUGCCCAGGCUAAUGCCCAAGGCGGGGAGGACGGCACCAAAGGCGGGGAGCAGAGGCGCUGCUUGGACUGUGCCGACGGCCAGGACGGGGGUGCCAGGAGGUGGGGCGCUUGGAGCGGCGACGGGUGUGCUGCCGGGCACAGGCGCUUGUGCGACCUGGUAGGGGCUGAAGAGUUGUUUGACCGAGGCUUGCAGUUGGCUGCACUUGAGGCCAGGGGUCACGCGCAGGUGCUGGGCGGGGGCCAGUUGGAUGGUGCAGCCGUCGGCCAUGACGAUGGUGGCUUUGGCGUUGCUGGCGACCAGCACGGUGUUGCCUGCGUACAGGGGGGUGCCGGUGGUGGCUUUGUUGAUGAAGUUGCUGCCGCCGAUGCUGACGUUGCCCGUCACGCUGCCCAGUUGUCCCACGGGGGCUUCUUUGGCGUUGACCACGCUGGCGCUGGCCAAAACGGCGCACAAGGCGGUGAGUGCAAGUGUGUGUUUCAUGGUG